CAUUUCAUUGCGUCGUCAUUAUCACCAGCCUUUUUAUCCGGGACAACAUGGCUACCGCAGCGGGUCGGUACUACGGCGAGGACGGCAGGGCCACGAAACGACAGAAAACCGACGGCAUGGCCACGGGAUAUGAAGAUCCCCACAAGACCCUUCCGUCUGUGGUGGUGCAUGUACGCGGUCUGGUCGAUGGUGUUACAGAGGCUGACCUUGUUGAUGCUUUGCAAGAAUUUGGAGCGAUCAGCUAUGUGGUGGUGAUGCCCAAGAAGCGCCAGGCACUGGUGGAGUAUGAAGACAUGAAUGGAUCAUCCACAGCUGUGACCUAUGCUGCAGACAACCAAGUUUACAUCGCAGGACACCCAGCAUUUAUCAACUACUCCACCAGCCAGAAGAUCUCCAGGCCAGGAGACUCUGAUGACUCCAGGAGUGUUAACAAUGUUCUUCUGUUCACCAUCAUGAACCCCAUCUACCCCAUCACCACGGAUGUUCUCUACACCAUCUGCAACAACUGUGGGCCCGUCCAGAGAAUUGUCAUCUUCCGGAAGAACGGUGUCCAAGCGAUGGUUGAAUUUGACUCAGUGCAAAGUGCUCAGAGGGCCAAAGCAUCUCUGAAUGGUGCUGACAUCUACUCCGGCUGCUGCACACUUAAAAUCGAGUAUGCCAAGCCUACUCGCCUGAAUGUUUUCAAGAACGACCAGGACACCUGGGACUACACAAACCCCAACCUGGGAGGUCCAGAUGGUGAUGCAGAGGGCAAUGGAAGCAAUGCAGAGGACGUGAGUGCCAACCCCAACAAGCGCCAGAGACAGCCUGCUCUGCUGGGCGAUCACCCUCCAGAGUAUGGAGGUGGUUACCACGGCUACGAUGAGAGCUAUGGAUCCCCUCCCUAUGAAGGUCGGCGUAUGGGUCCAUCAAUAAGAGGCCGUGGUGGAAGAAACUACGGGCCGGGUUACGGACCACCUCCGCCUCCUCCCGGAGAGUAUGGUGCCCACGCUGACUCUCCGGUGGUCAUGGUGUACGGACUGGAUCCUGUCAAGAUGAACGGCGACCGUGUCUUUAAUAUCUUCUGUCUCUAUGGAAAUGUAGAGCGGGUGAAAUUUAUGAAGAGUAAGCCUGGGGCAGCUAUGGUGCAGAUGGGAGACUGCUAUGCAGUGGAUCGGUCUAUCACCCAUCUCAACAACAACUUUCUGUUUGGGCAGAAAUUGAAUGUGUGUGUGUCCAAGCAGCAGGCUAUUGUACCUGGUCAGUGCUAUGAGCUGGAAGAUGGCUCGAGUAGUUUCAAAGACUUUCACGGCUCUAGGAACAACCGGUUCACCUCACCUGAACAGGCAGCCAAAAACCGCAUUCAGCACCCGAGCAACGUGUUACACUUUUUCAACGCACAGCCAGACGUCACACCAGAGAUUUUCUCUCAGAUCUGUGAUGAGAUUGGUGUCAAGAGCCCCAUCAAUGUUAAAAUGUUCACAGGAAAAAGUGGUGCUGCUCCCAGUGACCGCAGUGCUUCAGGUCUGUUGGAGUGGGAGUCCAUCAACGAUGCCAUGGAGGCUCUGGCCAUGAUGAAUCACUACCAGAUGAAAAACGCAACUGGUCCGUACCCUUACACCCUCAAAUUGUGCUUCUCCACUGUUCAGCACGCCAACUGAAUGCACCCUUUUAACCAAGAAGACAAAUCUUCACAUGUUCUUUAGACAUGACUGCUUGUUAUAAACCCUGGGAUAAAAAAAUAAAGUUACAAUGUUAAAUAUUAUCUUUCACAAUUAUAUUUCCCUGAAAUGCAAAACUUCUCAAAUUUGGUAUAAAAGUGUUAAAAGACAUUUGAAAGUUUUGAUAUAGAUACUCCAGAUAUGACUUACUGAGUAUCAGUACCUGUGUUUUUGAUGUUAAGUUGUCCUUUUUAUUACAGUAAAGUUACAGUAACCUGACAUGAGAGUGUGUAUUUAAAAGUCUUGGUUUUAUGCUCAGGUGGUGCAGUGGUUUUGUAAAAGAGCUGCCUUUUGAAACUUUUAUGGCUCCAUUUUUUUUUUUUUUUUUUAUUAUUGCUGCCAAUUCAGUUCUGUGACAGUUUUGUUCUAAGAAAAUAAAAAAAUAUCAACAAAG